AUGAUGAUCCCUAUUCAGAAUGCAAAGGGUAUUCGGGUGCGCCGCCAGUCAAGCACAGCUGCUCCAGGCACUCCGUGUUCACCUCGCACACCCACCUGGACGCGUUAUGGUGGCAUCUAA